AUGUUUGACAUAACUUCAAUAAUAGUAAUAUGUGGUUUUGAAAUAGUAACCACUGCAAAAGUAUUAUCCAAUGUAUGGCGCCUAUUUUUCGAUACUCAACUAUCAAUGAUAGUGGCUAAACUUGAAGCAACUCACGAAAAAUUGAUACAAUUGAAUUUAGUUCGAACUAUGCAAACAAAAAUGAAUUUUCUUUUCAUAACAGGAGUUAUUGUACAUCUUAUAGCAAUAGAUAAUAUUAUUUUUCAGGCCCAAGCGUUGUUUACAAACAUAAUUGAAUGCAUUGCAUUUUAUGAAUACAUACUACUGAUAUUAUACAUUCGGUGGAUGGUGUACAUCAUAAACGAACAAAUCCCGCAAAGACAUUCAACCAUAAGUACCCUCAGAGAUAUGUAUUUGGAAGUUAUAGAAUGCUUGAACGAUAUCAAUAGAUCAAUAUACGGUUUACCGGCCAUAUGGAGUUUUAUUGGGGCAAAUGUUAGUCAAGUGGAGCUUAUACUGUACUAUGGUAUCAUUUUUCGUAGAUCAGAUGAAACUGGAUAUGUAACAUAUAUUAUUAUAACAAUAUUAACAAGAUUAUUUAAUGUUAUACUAUUUUACGGAAUUGGUGAUGCCACGGAAAAAGAGAUAAAUCGGAUGAGUCUUGUCUUAAGCCAACGGUCCAUGAUAGAAAAAAACCCAAGAAUAAAACGUCAGAUUAAGUUUUUUAUCCUACGAAGACUGCACGAACACUAUCAUUUUAAGGUGUUUGGAAUAUUUGGAGUUAAUUUAAGACAAUUACUUCUUUUAUUAAAUAAUGCAGUUGGUUACUUAGUAAUACAAUCGUUGUUUAGAUUGAAUAGAAUUAAGAAUAUAUAA